GUUGUGUAUGUAGCAAGUGUGCAAGUGAGUUUUUCCACAACACAAUUUUAUGAUGACGUUAUCAACGAAUCAACAUUUAACAAGGCCAAAAAUGUAUUCUUAAGAAAACUGGUCAACUAGGGAUAUGCACAAACGUCGAUCACUGUGAAUAUGCCAAAAACCUCCUCAAAAUGACAGACUGGAAAAGACCUCAGCAUUGCUCAACCUACAUCGGUAUUUUUCCAGUAGUCUGUUGUCCUGCUCCUAGAAGUGAAGUUGUAUGUCAGAUAUAUCAUCCUCCUGAAGAAGCGUGUGUCCAAACCGAGAUCUAUGGUGGAGAAAAGACUACAAUUAAAGAAUUCCCUCAUAUGGCUGCUUUGGGAUACGGAAAAAAACCCAAUAUCGACUGGUUUUGUGGUGGGAGUUUGAUCAGUGAACAAUUUAUUCUGACAGCGGCUCAUUGUAUCAAUCCAGCUAAGUAUGGUUCUGUUAAAUAUGUACGCCUUGGUGAUACCGAUAUCGACAGUACUAAAGAUGACAAAGAGUUCGACUCUCAGCCACAGUUCUUCACAGUUGCAGAAACGUUUGUCCACCCAGAAUAUAAACCUUCGUCUAAUUAUCAUGACAUAGCUUUGGUGAAACUAGACCGAACUGCAAGAUUUGAUAUCUACGUGAAGCCUGCAUGCCUGCAUACGGAGGUAAUAGUUCCUCACGAAAUGAUAAUCACUGGAUAUGGAAAAGUCGAUCUUUAUGGCAGCCUUAGUAGUCAUUUGCUCAAAGCUAAUCUUUUUUACGUUAAUCAUACUACUUGUGCUAUGAGAUAUUCAAGCCCUCAUGCCAAGAGACGGUUAGCUAGAGGGAUUUCAAGCGACAGUCAAGUAUGUGCUGGACACCCCGAAGGCCAAGAUACGUGCCCUGGUGAUUCUGGAGGCCCUCUGCAGUACAAACUCUACGACAUUCCUCACUAUCGAAUCGUUGGAGUCACUUCUUUUGGACUAGGUUGUGGUGUUGCGAACAGUGUGGCUGUGUAUACAAAGGUAGCCAAUUAUAGAAAAUGGAUUGAAGAUAUCGUGUGGCCAGCUGGAACUUUUUCGGUUGAUCAAAUGUUGUGAUUUUUGUCACUUGUUUAAUUAAAGAGUAAAGUCAUAAUUUUCUAGUAA